UUAUUCUGGAUCAUCUUCUCCAGCUCAGGUGUUCUGAUUACUGAGCGGGAUCGUGGAGGUCUUUUCUAUCCCAAAGCAAUUAAACAUCUCUUGAUGGGGUUGUAUCUAAUGCAAGCCUGUCUGAUUGCUCUGUUUCUUCUCGUACGAGACUCGCAGGGCAAAGCUAGGUGCAUUGGACAGGCAUGCAUCAUGGUGUUUGCUACAGGGCUGACUAUGAUAUACCAUCGCUUGCUUUGCAGAGCAUUCAACCCACUGCUGAAGUUUUCCCCCACUGCGCUUAACGAGAAUCUAGCCAAGGAGACAAUACCAUCCCCUCCCUUUCUCCACAAGGCUCUUACAUCAACUCCAGUAAUUAGCAUUCCCAGCGAUGGUCACGGGAUUAGCUCUGCACGAGCACUGCAGCUCAGAGAGGAACUAAAAGGCGUUGUAAUAUCUGAUACGGACGCAAUCAUAACUGCAUCAGGCAAGAUAUCUUUGAACUAG